UUUUCUGCAACUCACUAAACCCUAAAAAAUUAAGAAAGAGGAAAUUAGGUGAAGAAUAAAGAAGUAAACAAGAGCCCAUAAAUGGCUCACUGUCACUCUGGUCUGAACCGUUGUAUGGUGUUCUCUGUUCAUUAGACCCUUUAAGGCCAUUGUUGCCAUGACGCCUUUGGGCCAUUGUCCGGGGAGUUUGUGAUUUCAGGGGAUAAAUUUGGCCGGAAAAUUGGAAUUUGGGUGAGUUUUGCAGGUUGGGGUUGUUAAGUUCUAGAAUGGAGGGCAGGAGAUCAGCUAUGGAGGCAGCAAGCAGGCGCCCAGUACUGUCAGAUAUUGGCAAUUUCGUGGGUGGUCACCCCCUGCGAUAUGCAGCUUACAAACAAGGGGUUGAAGGUAAAAUGAUCCCGAUUGGGAAGAACCCAGCCAUCGCAGCCAGCCGUCCAAUGACUAGGAGAUUUGCUGCUUCAUUGACAAACAAACAAACAUGGGUUCAGGUUCAGAAACAGAAGAUUGAACCAGUUGAGAAUGUGACAUGGGGAAUCAAACACCAAAGAACUGCCCCUUUCAGUUCUUCUUCCAAUGAUUCGAAAGACUUUGUCACCAUUGAUGUGGAAGAAUGCGCAGUAAAAGAAGUCAUAGGUGUGGAAGAAUGCAAGGUCAAAGAAGUCAUUAUGCCAGCAGUUAUUGAAGCCAUGGCAGAGGACCCCGCACAGCACUGCGACAUGUUUGAUGAGGUGGAGAUGGAGGAUGUAUCAGAUCCUAUUAUUCCAGACAUUGAUAGCUGUGAUUCAAACAAUCCCUUAGCUGUUGCCGAUUAUGUCGAUGACAUUUACCAGUUCUACAUGGAAACCGAGAAUUCGAGCUGCGUCCCUCCAAAUUAUAUGUCCAACCAAACAGACAUUAAUGAUAAGAUGAGGGCCAUCUUGAUUGACUGGCUUAUCGAGGUGCAUUACAAGUUUGAGCUAAUGGACGAGACCCUAUUCUUGACGGUCAACCUCCUAGAUAGAUUCUUAGCAUGCCAAACAGUGCUAAGGAAGAGGCUACAGUUGGUGGGGGUCACAGCCUUGCUUCUGGCUUGCAAAUAUGAGGAAGUCUCCGUUCCGGUUGUCGAGGAUUUGAUUCUCAUCUCAGACAGGGCUUACUCAAGGGCUGAAGUCCUACAAAUGGAGAAACUGAUGGUGAACACCUUGCAGUUCCAGAUCUCGUUGCCGACUCCGUAUGUUUUCAUGAGGAGGUUCCUUAAGGCAGCUGAAGCUGAUAAGAAGCUCGAGUUCCUUUCAUUUUUCCUCAUCGAGCUGUGCCUUGUACAGUAUGAGAUGCUCAAGUACUGCCCUUCAUUGCUUGUAGCAGCUGCAAUAUAUACUGCACAGUGUACCAUUAAGGGCUAUAGGUUUUGGAGUCCAACUUCAGAAUAUUAUACGACCUACUCAGAGGAUCAACUUUUAGAAUGCUCAAGGUCAAUGGUAGAUUUCCAUCAAAAGGCAGCAACAGGAAAACUAACUGGUGUGCACAGAAAGUUCAAUACAUUCAAGUUUGGAUUUGCUUCGAAGUACAAACCCGCUCUCUUUCUUUUGGAAGCAGCUCUCUAGCCAUGACUUAUAUUGUGCAACAUUUGUUGCACAUGAAUUAAUUUUAUGUUUCAGUUAAAGCAGCCUCUCACUGUUCAAAUUGUGACCAUAGGAAACUUCAUUUUCUAAAGUUAUUCUUUGUUAUUUUUUCUUUUUA